CUCUCUCUCUCUCCCUCCCUCAGACUUACCGCGACAGUGCGUUUUAACACUCUAUACAAGCAGAAUGAAAGAUGCGCUUUGUCCUUCUCUCUCGUUGCGGAGGAAACCAAGAGGACUUUGCUGAUUGUGCGCUCUUAAUUAUAAAAGGCUGUUUUAGAACGACUGUCACUCAGACGCGUUUGGACUCUGAGCAGAGGCCGUUGUACGUUGUAGGCUCUUUGCCAGAGUCAUGCAGAUAAACCCUGGGAGGACAAGUGUGGAUUAAACGCCAGUUUUAGGAGAUGGUGCGUCGUGAGUGAGGACCUCAAGUGUGGGGAGGGAGAUGUAGCCCCUGUGCUUUAACACACUGCCUCCUCCCAGUGCGCGUGGUGGGCCAGGACUGGGAUUAUGUCUGGGAAAAGGACGGAGCAGCACCAAUGUUACAUGGAUUUGGCGCCUUUGUUUCUGUACUUCGUCGUCGUGAUUAUGCGACAGGCCAAGUGUCAUGCAUUGUGCUCUUCUGAGACGGUAACUGAGGUGAAGGAUUUAAUGUCACAGAUCGCCAAAAAGGAGUUGUAUGAUUGCAGGCUGUACACGCCAACUCCAACUGAUUACGAGCAGAACUGCUCCAGGUCCAUGCUGACAUGCUUUGAAAAGGAGGCCACUGUUCUUAUAAGAGAGUCUAAAGAACUUAGUUUUAAAUUAAUUAAGAUGCUCAAUCAGCUUGCAAAACAAUUGCAGGACAAGAGGCUGACCUGUCCAGCCUGUGAGGUCUACAAAGAAGAACAAGCAAAUAAAUUCCUUGACGCUUUACUUAAAACUUUGCAAAAGAUGAAUGCAAACGACUGCCCGUUUAGUCAAAGCCGAACAUAAUCUGAGCUCCUUAUUAAAAUAAAUGUAUUUAUAAGCAUGUAAACUGUGUUCUCACAAAAAUAUAUUUGAUUUUGGAUUUGUCUAUGCAAAGUGAUAUCUUAUAUUUUAUUAGAUUAAUACAAUUUAAAUGUGUCUGUUUUGUUUUUAUUAACCUGCUUUGACAGCAAACUACCUCUCAUAUGGCUACUUGUUAAUUAUUUUUCAUUUUAAUGGAUUUUAAGAGGGAUAGCAUAUUGAAAGGUUUUAAAAGCAACAAGCAAGACUGAAAUCUGUGUGUCUUAUAGAUUUUUGACCUCUGUCACCUCCAUCAGCUUUUAAGACCCAGGGAACCUAAAUCUAUAUAUUUUUUCCCCCUACUUAGGUUAAUCUUCUUUUUGUGGCGAACCGUGCACUAAGUAUACCCUUUGAAUAAUGUUCCAGUGACCUAUAAAUGAGCGGUAUAUUUCACCAUAUUCCUCUCCUCUCAAUGUAAAGGGGGCGGUUCCAAUCUUGGGUAAUGCUUCUCUAAGCAUUCCCCUUACCAGUCAGAAGACUGUCGUCUCUUGCCCCGCUCACAUGAACAGUUUUAGUCAGAAUCACUUUAGCGAGCGUUGGGCAGAGAGCUGUCAAUCACGCUGCUCUUUAGCUAUUCCCAUACAGUUCUCAGAAAGGUCUAUUUUUUUAAGUCUGUUAUAUCAUAUUUGUAUCUUAUUUUUUAUUCAUGCUUUGCUGGAUAUUUAAUGUAACACUAAAGUUUAGUAUCAUGCAAACAUUUUUAAUAUUACCCAACCAGUAUACAACAUGCAGUUAUUGCUUUCAGUAAUUCUAUAACAUUAUUUUCAUUGUUUGAACGGUCCUAUGAACCUGAAUGUGAAAAUCAUAUGAUUUUCACAGGAUCACAGUUUCUACUACUGCACUAUUACUGGUUCGAAAGGGUCAAACAAGGAAAAUGCAUUAAUGAAACCUUUAAAAGAUUAAGCCAUUAAUCAUUCAUUACAAGCUUAUCAAGCAAUAAAGUCAAGCUGCUGUUUUGCUUUUUUGUGUCUAUUGCUUUCUUUCUGCAUUCCUUCAGUUCAUUUACAGCUUAUUAACCCCUACUACUUGUUGAGAUACUGUGUUUGUUGUGUGAACUAUUCUAAAAAAGCUAACGUGGGCGAAAAAAAAAGCUGAUUUUUUUUCCUAGCCAUAUUUUGCUCAUCUGUACUAUGGGUAAUGGUGUUUCUUAAGAGCUCUGUAUGCACUUCUAGGCCAUGCACAUUAGAAAAAGUGUUAUAACUGUAUUGAUUAACAUUGUGAUUUUAUUGAUUAUGAUGUUUUGUUGUUUUUAUGUUGUUUGUAUAUAAAAUAAAAC